AUGAUGCUAAACAUCGGUCAGUUCGGGAACACACACAAAAAAAAACGUUUCUGGGUAGCCAUACAUCGGAGGGCACAGAGAAGGAAGAGGGAGCCAGAAUAUGGCGCGGCGUCUGUGACCGGUACCGGGCGCGGACACCAGGACAGGAGGGCAGCAAAAAAGUGA